ACCAACUGUGAGGGAAUUGAUAGUGCAUGGUUGCUCAUCAUUAGAGAAAGUUACAUUUCAACCAAUGCCAUUCCUACCAAGUGUCAUCUUAGACGAAAGCAAUUGCAAGCUUGUUGAGCUUGACUACUACUUCAAAUUAGAACCCCUUGAAAGAGUUGAUGUGGAAAUAAUCGAAGUUUUGGGGUUGAGCAAGCACUUGACAUCCAUGCAAACCAUUAUGAUGGAUACCAUACAUGUGUUCAAUAUUGGGAUGACAAAGAUGCAGCCCGUCCAGGGAUUGUAUGAAUAUGGUAUAUUCAGCACGUUUCUUCCUGGUAAUGAAGUUCCAGGCUCAUUCAUCCAUACGAGUACACUGCCCAAAAUAUAUUUUACCGUACCUGUACAUCCUAGUCGCAAGAUCCGAGGCUUGAACAUCUUCUCUGUCUAUGAAAAGUCCAGCAAUGGUUCUCUUAUGAAGAAUGCCAAAUUGCAUUUUGAUCAUACAAGAACAUCUUAUAACCCAAUAGUUACUAAAGUUGGUAAUAAAACAAAGAGAUUCGAGUGGAUCUAUGGCCCAUCAUUUUUUGGGGUUCCAUGCGACGGGGAACAAAUGAUAUGGCUAAGCCAUUGGAAAUUAGGUAAUCAGUUGGAAGGCGGUGACGUUGUGAAAGUUUCAGUAUUGACCACAUCUGAGCUUCAGGUGAACAAGUGUGGCAUUGAGAUUGUUUACGAUGAGCAAGAAGAGAAGAUGAAUACCGAUCAACAUACCACUGACAUUGCACGUUCUUUUUCUGGGUUUGACAUUAGUAAAAAUUUGUCACCUUCUGAUAUGGCGACAAUGGGUCAGUUGAGAAGAUACUUCCUCUGCUGUCGACCUGAAGCAUUAAGAGAUAGCGCAGUAUGCUUUGGAAACGAACUCACAUUUGAUAAAAUUGGAGGCAAAGAACUGAAACGGGGCGGUGAAAGAUACUCGGCGAUUACUGCGCAUGAUCCCUGGAUGCCUCCAGACGGCAGAGGUUGUACAAUGCAGGUCAAGGCCUUCUUUCGUUCUCUGCCUCAAAUAGUUGAUCGCUGGAGUCCGGGCAGAUGGCGGGAAUCUUACGAAGAAUGGCGUCGCUCUUUCGAAAAUGCCCAUACUUUCCGAUAUUUCAACUUAAGUUCCCAAGAUCUUACUAGCCAUACUUUGAGGAGCGAGUCCUACUCAGAGCCAUCCACAUCUGGUAGUUGGACCUCAUUCACCUCAAGUUAUAGAAUCAAAAGCGAUUACACAUCUAGUCCCUUGUGUAUGGUCGACAGAGCUUCUCCACCCCCAUUCGAGUGUCGCUCUUUCGAAAGUGGCCAAACUUCCCGAUAUUUCAGCUUAAGUUCCCAAGAUCUUACUAGCCAUACUUUCAGGAGCAAGUCCUCAUCCACAUCUAGUAAUUUGGACAUCAAGUUAUAGAAUCAAAAGCGAUUACACAUCUCGUCCCUGGUGUAUACGAUCGACAGAGAUUCUCCAACCCCAUUCGAGCCCUCGUCCUCAUUUAUCUAGCUAGAACAUUGUUAUUAACACAGCUUAAUUGUAACUAAUUAACAUCACUUUUUAUAAUUUUGAAAUUGUUAUUAUAAAACUUUUAUUGACCCUUG